CCGUACCCUGCAGUUGUGCAAAGAAGUUCAUCGUGGUCGCUUCGACUGCCAAUCGACUGAAAAAUUUUUGAAAAGUCUUAUAACGAUUGUAACGUUUUGUCUAUAAUAUAAUUUAGUGUCGUUCAAAAAAUAAUUUUUACAUCCUAUCGCAGACAGGAUGUCAGAGAUCUCGCAAACAACAUUAAUUGCCGAGGACAUGUCAGACCGAAGGCUAGACUUAUAAGCGAUCUUAUUACCGGAGCUACGGCGAACAGUCGCGAGACAUACGUGAAAUAGAAAGGAUGGACAGAUGGGCAGGGAAGGUGGCCGUGGUAACGGGUGCAAGUGCCGGAAUUGGGGCCGCGAUCGUCAAGCAAUUGCUCACUCAUGGCAUGGUGGUAGCAGGUCUUGCCAGAAGAGUAGAAAAGAUAAAAGAAUUGGAGCAAGGGUUGGAAGAAUGUUCGGGAAAGCUGUACGCCGUAGAAUGCGAUGUAUCAAAAGAGGAAAGCGUGAUCGCAGCUUUCGCGUGGGUUCAAGAAAAUCUUGGCCCUGCAAAUGUGUUGAUCAACAAUGCUGGAAUAACAAAAGAAUCUUCUCUUAUAGAUGGCAAUUUAGAAGAUUGGCGCUCUGUCUUCGACGUGAACGUUUUCGGAUUGUGCCUCUGCACUAAGGAAGCGAUUCGCAUGAUGCGAGAAACAGGAGGCGAAGGUGUCAUAAUAAACAUAAACAGCCUUGCAGGUGAAAGAGUGCCUUUCAUACCUGGAUUCUCCGUUUAUCCAGCUUCAAAAAGAGCUAUCGCUGCUCUGGCACAAACGUUGCGACACGAGCUGACGGGAACCCAAAUCAGAGUUACGGGUAUUAGCCCAGGUCUAGUAGCCACAGAGCUGAUGGUAUCUUAUAGCACGUAUUCCGAGGAAGCAUUAGCAUCAUUCCCCACAUUGGAUCCAGAAGACGUCGCAACAGCUGCAAUAUAUAUUUUAUCAUGCGCCCCGCAUGUUGUCUUGCGAGAUUUAUGGAAUUAUACCAAGACGCUUACCAAGAGACAAGAAUUGCAGGAAGCGAGACAUUUGUUCAGAGAAGCAAAGCAUCUUAUAAAAAUUGAGGAAAAAUUGGACAAAAUUUAUCGUGUAAUUAACAAAGGAUUGCUUCACAAUCCAAGAUUUCACUCGCUUCAUGCUAUAAAAGGAGACAUUCAUUUUUCUGAAGAAGCUUUGAGUGAUUAUGAACAAAUUUUUCUAUUUAAAAUACCUGAAAUGAACAUAAUGGAAAUACAAGAUAGGUUAUUAGAAAUUCUUCGUCGAUUGCACAAAUACGAUAAGUUUCGAAUGUAUUGGGAUCAAUUUAUAAUGAAUCCUGAUCCUAUGAGGAUUUCUGAUUUGUUAGCUAUACAUGCAGAAUAUAAGAUUCAUCUUAAAGAAAUGGCAAUUGCCAGGCAUAUGCUUCUGAAAGCUCUUAGCAUUAACAAAAAUAAUGAAAUAGCUCAAAAUUUAUUACAAGUUGUAUUUAGUACUGGUCAUGCGUUAUCAGCCUAUACCGUCUUAUGGUGCAUGCAUUCUUGUUACGACAAAGGUUUGGUCACAAUCGAAAAAGCACUGGAUUGUAAUCCGUACAAUCCAGGAUUUAAUUUAUUAAAAACUGUAGUUUUACGAUUGUCUGGUCGUUUCGAAGAAGGAAAUAUAUGGUUAGAAAGUCUUAACAAAAAUUUUUUUAAACUAAUAAAACCGACAAGAGACAAAGAAAAAUCGAUCAUGGGAAAGCUUUCGAUUAGAGAAACAAGAAAUCAUUUGAUCAAGCAAUGGUAUCUAAUACGAUAUGAUAUGGCAAUGCAAUGUCUAUUAGAGGACAAAAUCAAUAUGGCAAUACAAAUUGUAUUGAAAAGUAACCUAGUUAAACAAUAUCCAGAAUCAUAUCUAUUAUUAGGCGACUGUUUCAUCAAACGUAACGAAAUUAAUUUGGCACUACGGUCAUACCUCAAAUGUCGCAAAAAGAUGCGCAAACUGAAGUUACCAUUAUGUCAAAAGACUAUCGAUUUGGCGGAACGAAUAAUCGAUAUCCUGAACGAUAAAGCAGAAGUGGCGAUAAACAAUAGAGAUUCGAAACGAGCGAUCGAUAUAGCUGAACAAAUACUUCAAAUAUUUGAUGAAGAUAAAAUACCAUUAGAAGAAUUACGUUUACAACGUAGUCGUGCCCUUAUCCAUAAAGCUCGUGGUCUAUUUCAAAUAGAAAAUAAAAAAGUGAUUCGGAAAAAACAAAGUUGCGAGAUUGCGGCUGAUAGUUUGAGAUAUAUCAAAAAAUUCACAAUGGAACAAAAUUGGGUUGACAAAGUUGCCUUAAUUACUGGAGCUAAUUCAGGAAUUGGCAAAUGCCUAAUAGAAUGUUUAGUUGGCAAAGGAAUGAAAGUUAUUGGAAUUGCUCCACAAGUUGAUAAAAUGAAGACUCUUGUUGAGGAACUAAAAUCUAAACCUGGAAAACUAGUUCCUCUUCAAUGCGAUCUUUCCAACCAGAACGAUAUCUUGAAAGUCAUAGAAUGGGUCGAGAAGAAUCUAGGAGCUAUAGAUAUUCUCAUCAAUAAUGCAGCUAUUAAUAUCGAUAUCACACUGCAAAAUGAUGAAGUGUUAGAUUGGAAGAAAAUUUUUGACGUAAAUCUUCUUGGAUUAACUUGCAUGAUCCAAGAAGUUCUGAAGUUAAUGAAGAAAAAAGGAAUUAAUAAUGGUAUUAUUAUAAACAUCAAUGAUGCUUCUGGAUUGAACUUACUACCGAUGAAUCGUAAUCGUCCAGCUUAUCUAGCCAGUAAAUGUGCAUUAACUACCUUGACAGACUGUCUCAGAUCUGAAUUAGCACAAUGUGAAUCCAAUAUCAAAGUCAUUUCUAUUAGUCCUGAUUUAGUGGAAACCGAUAUGACUGUACAAUGGUUAAAAGAAAAUUCUCGUCUGGCUUUGAAACCCAAAGAUGUUUCCGAUUGUGUUCUCUUCGCUUUACAAACUCCUGACAAUGUCUUGAUCAAAGAAUUGGUGGUCACACCGAAUCGUGAAACGAUAUAAA